AUGUUCAUCCGGAUUUGUACGACGAUAAUCCGCCGAGUCGUUGUCGAACCGCGAAUUUCGAAGCAGCAAACCUUCAAUUUUCACGCUAGCGCUGUAUUUUUGCAUCGAGGAGGCGGUGGAGAUGGGUUCGUCUUGCCUUUUUGUGGUCUUCUGUCCUGUCUCAGUCGAUUUGCACGUUUCCAUGGCUUCUAACGCUACUUUUAUACAUAUUUUGAAUGCUUAACAAACAAAAAAUGUCUGUCCUGAUUUUUAUCCUUGAAUUGGAGGCCAAAAGAGUUGAAAAGCUUUUUUAUUAUGUGUCCUUCACUAAUUGAAGUCCUCGAAACUUGAGAAAAAGGAAGUUCAAGAAGGCGGUUUUAUGUCAUUUCCGCGCAUCACUACAUCUUCUUUUGUUUCAAUAGAGAAUCUUUGCGAUUUAUGCUCCUCUUCAGAAACUUAUACGAAAUACGUGAACUCGAAUCAUGAAAAGAUCAAAAGAAAGUGUGACUAAGUUCGCUCCAUUGAGAAGGUUACAAAAACGUUUUUUUCUCAUCAUUUUUUUCUGAAAUUUAUUCAAUUUUUUCUACCCCUAUGUUGUGCAGAUAGGAUUUUCGAUACACAGGAUUUCUGAAUGAGAACCGAAACCUUCACUUUCCGAAAAUAAUUUUUACCCUCUCAAUUGAGAGACUCAAGCCCGAUAAUUUGGAAGAUGAUUUCUUAGCAUUCAUUUCAUUUCAAGUCAUUUUCUUCGCCGUGUGAUGACAUUAUUUUGACGUGUACUCGUUUAUCUUAUCGUUUCAAGUGUAUGACGUUAGUUCUGCCGCGUCUGUGGUCAUUUUUGACAUUUUGGAGGCGUUUCAUUUCAUCCUAUAGAUUUCUUUAUAAGAAGGAAUAGGAAAACUUUAUGGGCUUUGAUAUUUUUUUGCUCUUUUUUUCCCUGAAUCUUUUUAAAAAAAGUUCAAUUUAGUUAAUUGAGAUGUAUGAAAAAAACGAUGAGAGGGCUUCAAUUUUUCCAAAAAUUGAAGUAUAUCUGCGCACCAAUACGAAUAAUUUGCAAGAGUCCAAGCUUAGAUAAUUAGGAAAUGCUGUGCAAGACGAGUGGUCACUCUGCUAACUGAUAAGCCGAAGAUCGUCGAUUAUCUGAUUUUUGUUAUGUUGCUAUGUUGGCCAUCCGUUUUUCGCUGAAACAGCAUGGUGCUUUUCCCCACGUUGACCACGGUUUCUGGUUGUUUGAGCUUUGUUUUUGUGAAGGAAGCGCUGGGAAAGGAGUUCUCGAAUGUUUACUGUGCCCUCGUGAUCGGCUAUUUAAACUGUACGAUGUCCACACUGAUAACACUUGUCAGAGUUGCCGGACCUCGCCCCGUUUUUGUCUUUUGCGAGUAUUAUUUUGUACGAUUCAUUUCCUUUUCAGAAUGGCAGUUUGUGGAGCACCAGCCACCGUUAAAUUCGAGCGUUUGCCCACUUUCGCCAAGCCGAUCCACUACGAUGUUCAGCUGGCUCCCGACCUCCAACAGUUAAUUUUUCCUCUCAAAAUAACUAAUCAUUUUCAAUUUAAGGUUCAAAUUCGAUGGAAAAGUCUCUAUCGACGUCGAAAUUCUGGAAGAUACGGACGUUCUGAAGGUUCACGCUCAGACGCUUGCCAUCAAUGGCGCUUCUGUCAAGAUUGAAUCUAAAGGUUUCCAAAAAGAGAGGAAUUUCUUUAUAUUUCUGAUUCACAGUUUAUGACAAUCUUUCAACGACUUACGAUGAGAAGCUCAACAUCCUCACUGUCAAAUUACCGGCGAUUUUGAAGCCACAAAAAGUACUUUCUUAAUUUCUUGUUAAGCAGAAAUAUUGGAACUUUUUGAGGUCGUUCUGGACUUCAAGUUCGUCGGAGAACUCAACGACAAAAUGCGCGGUUUUUACCGCAGUUGCUACAAAGACGCAAGUGGAAACGAGAAGUUCCUGGCUUCUACGCAGUUUGAGGUGAUUUUCAAGGAAAAAUGUUCAAAAAAGUAUUUAUGAACUCAAAAAAUACAAAAAUCGCACGAUCAAGAAAGACACUUCGAAAUUUUUUUGAGCUUUUGAAAAAUUUUUGAGAAAUCAAAGUUUUCCAAAAGUUUCUACCAAUUUCAUGAUAUGAAAAUUUUUGAAAAACGAGUUCAACGUGGCGUUUCAAAAAAGCUGUAUGAAUGUAAAAUUAAGAAUUCGAAUAAUUUCCGUUUUUAUUGCCAAAAUAUUUGCUCCCUUGGUUGAUUCAUCGAAAAAAACGAUAAGGGCAAAGUUUUUGAAAGGUAGUGUACCUUAAAUAUUAAUACAAUUGCUUUUUUUUUCAAAUUUCUAUGGGUCUGAAGAUAAUUUAUGUAAAAAUUUAUGGUCUAAUACUUUCAAAAUUUGAAAAAUUGGUGAAAGAACUCGUGUUAAAAGGUUUUAAGCCAUUUUAAGACGUUCGUUUUUGGAAAAUAAAUAUAAAACCGUGUGGCGGCUUUUAAAAAAGAAAAAUGUUUUUCUGGCUUGAAAAGUCUUUCCUUCAGAGUAGUGGAAGCUGUGGGAAUAAGAGUUUUUUCCUGAAUAAGGAAGGAAGAAUAUUUCAGUCAACAUACGCUCGGUUCGCCUUUCCUUGCUGGGAUGAGCCGGUCUACAAGGCGACCUUCGACGUGACCCUUGAAGUGGCGCCUGGUCUCACCGCCCUCUCCAACAUGGUCUUUCCGAGCUCCUUUUCUGAGAAAUUCAACUAUUUUUCUUCUUCAGAAUGUCGUUUCAACGACACCUUCUUCUAGCGGAAAGACAGAGAUCGUCAAAGUUCGCCACGAGCCCCAAAAUGAGCUCUUAUCUUGUCGCUUUUGCCGUUGGAGAGCUCGAGUACAUCAGUGUGAGGCGGAAAUGUCAAAAAAAGAAGUUUUAAACGGGAUUUUUCAGACCAAGACGAAAAGCGGCACGGAGAUGCGCGUUUACACAGUUCCCGGGAAAGAAGGAACAAGGCCGCUUCAGUUUGGAUCUUUCGGCCAAGUAAAGAAAACACUUUCAGAGGAACUCAUAGGAAAUUAUGUGGUUUCAGGGCCAUCGACUGGUACAACGAAUGGUUCGACAUCCCAUACCCAUUGCCCAAAUGCGACCUCAUAGCCAUUCCCGACUUUCAGCAUGGGUACGAAUCGAAGUUGUUUCGAAAAAUCGCUUCACUGUUUUGUCUGAAGUGUAAAUUUAUAUUUUUGGAGAACAAGCAGUUUAUAGUAAAAAGAAUUUCAUUUUUUUCAUUUUUUUCGAAAGGUACAAUUUUGAGAUUAUUUCCGUGUUUCUAAAGUGAUUUCGCGAAAUUCAAAAAUAGCCGUCAAAUAGUGAAAAGAUAACUAAAUUUAGGAGAAUCAGAGAUAGUUUUGAAUUUAGUCGAAAUUAAAUUUUGUUGGCAUUGUGCCUCCAUUUUUUUUUUCUUUCGAUAAGAAAGUAACUGAUUACGAACUACAGUCUAUUCAGUUUUUUUCGGAUGCUUUGAAAAAGGUGGCAAAACGCCAAUGGAACCUUUUUUUGUUCUUUUGGCUUCGAAAAACAUUUAUUUUUUUAGUUUUUUUAAGCGGAAUAAAAUUAUAUUUGAUUUUGAUAAUAUAAAAAAAGUAGAAAAAAAGGUAAAAUUUUUGUGAAAAAUUAGAUAAUCUCUGAAUUUUCGAGCUUGAUUAGUCAGCCCUGAAUGCAAAAAACGCUGUUUCUUAUGAUUUUCAAUUCAAAACCUGAUUCAAAUAAGACUCAACUUAAAAAAAUGAAGUUAAAAUGUUUUUCCAGUUAAAAAAACAUGUACCUUAAAUUUUUUUAUUGGAUAAAUUUUUUUAAAAUUUGAUACAGUUAAAAAUUGGCUCGAUGUAUUUUUAAUAAGAAGGAGUAGAUUUUUUUUUUCAGGAGCCAUGGAGAACUGGGGACUCGUGACCUACAGAGAAGUCGCCCUUCUCGUCGACCCCGCGGUGACGUCAACGAGGCAAAAGUCGCGCGUCGCCCUGGUCGUGGCUCACGAAUUGGCCCAUCUUUGGUUCGGAAACCUCGUCACGAUGGUUGGAAAUGCGAGAAAUCAAAGGGGAAAAUGAAGUUGCAGCGUUGGUGGACGGAUUUGUGGCUGAAGGAGGGUUUCGCCUCCUUCAUGGAGUACAUGUUUCGUCGGCGCAAACUGUCCCGAGUUCAAGAUUUGGCUCCAUUUCGUGCACGACGAACUCGCGUCCGGAAUGGAACUCGACGCUCUCCGCAACUCUCAUCCUAUUGAGGUUGCUCCCGAAGAAUACUUGCUGAAAAAAAAUUUCCAGUUUUGGAAUAGCCAUUUCGAUAUUAAGAUUUUCGCUUCCAUGGGUCGCUUUAUCAAAAAAUCACCAGAAAACAAAAAAAUCAAUGAAUUCUGAUUUUUGUAGAUGAAAAUGGUUGAAAGAUUCCGGUAGUAAAUGGAAGAUUUAUUUUUAAAAAAAUGCUUAUUUUUUUUGAUAUAUUGUUAGUAAGGUUGCUCUCAAAAAAUUGUUUGUUCAAAAAAGAGAAAAAAAUGUUCUCUUUCUUCUGAGUUGUUUUCUGUCUUAAUCUGAGGGAAGGAUCCAUUUUCAACAUUUUUUUCCUGUUCAAAAAUGAUAAGUAGAUAAAACAAUUUUUUUUUAAUCAAUGAAAAAAAUUAUCAUCACUGUUAGUCAAAUAUAUUACAUGACUCUUGCAUAGCUUUCAAUUUUUUCGUAUCUGUAUCAUCCAGUUUGAGCUUCAAAAUGAUUUUUACCAUCUGAAAAAUCGAAAUCAGGUUGAAAUCGACAACCCGAACGAGUUGGACGAGAUCUACGACUCGAUCACCUACGCCAAAUCCAACUCUGUCAACCGAAUGCUCUGCUAUUACCUCAGUGAACCAGUUUUCCAGGUGAAAAUUGGUUUUGAUAAAUCUUUAUAAAUUUACUUUCAGAAAGGCCUGCGAUUGUACCUGAAGAAGUUUUCGUAUUCCAACGCGGUCACACAAGACCUGUGGUCGGCCCUCAGUGACGCUUCUGGACAGGUUCAAUGACAAAAAAGGAUCUUCAACUCAGUUUGAUGUUUCUAAAGAACGUCAACGAGUUGAUGUCGGGCUGGACCAAGCAGAUGGGCUUCCCCGUGGUGAAAGUUUCCCAGAAAAAGGAGGGCGACAAGCGAAUCCUGACUCUGGAACAGAGAAGAUUCAUCAGCGACGGCGGAGACGACUCGGCCAACUCCUUGUGGCAGGUGGUUUCCGGAGAAAAAAUCGAGAUAAUCAUGGAAAUUUAUGAAUUUUUGACUUCCUGAGAAGUUUUGUUAUCGCUAACGAGAAAAAGAAAUCAAUGCUGGGUCUUGAAAUUAUAUACAAACUGGGAGAUAAUUUAGUGGGAUUUGUGGAAUUUUGUUCAAAUUUGCUCGAAGGUUCAUUGAUUAACUGGAAAAUUUUUAAUUAUAGGUCUUGAAACUUUACAGAAACAGGGAGGUGCUUUUUGAAAGUAUCUACAAUUCGCUCAAAAAACCAAAAAUUGUUUGGCCAAAGAAAACCCAAAAAACAGCAGAAACUGAGCCUUCUGCAUUCAAUUUUUGUGAAAAUGUUUCACUAUCAACUCAAUUUUUCUAGGUUCCCAUCACUGUUUCUGUUCAAAGUGCGCCGGAAGACGUCAAGGCUCGUUUCGUUCUGAAAGAAAGGAAACAGGAUUUCGUUGUGGAAGGCGUGGCUGAUGCCGACUGGGUCAAGGUAAGAGAUCUAAUUUUUUUUAUUUGAGGUUUCCUGGAAUUUCUUUAGAACUCUUGCCCGCCUAAAAACGGCCAGAAUCAGUAGAAAUGAAAUUUUUAAUUUCACUAUAUGAAAUCCCUAUUGGUGCCACUUUUGCAGGCCCCUGUAGGUUAAUUGGAUCCUAGGGGCCCCUAUAGGGAUCACUCUGGAGUUCCUAAGUUACUUCACUGAUAAAUUUUCAGUUGAACGUUGGAACGACCGGCUUCUUACCGAGUUGA